CAUGGAUAAUCCGCUGUACAAGCAACCUAAUAUGAUAGUUUUUUUUGCCUUUUCGUACAAUUUUAGUAGGUAAGCAUUUAUUUGGGUUAAAUUUCUGAUUGGUUGGGAAAUUCAGUUAGAAGACAAACAAACAGGUUUAGUUUAGUUCCAAAUUUCCUAUAAUAUAAUAUAGGCGAAUUAGUAAGCUUAAGAAUUACCAGCAAUAAGUAUCUGCCAGAAUCGCACUGUUUCACUAUUGACUAGGCUGGUUGAGUUUUGAGGGAAAAAAAGGAUGGAAAGAGGCAUAAUCCAACCCUUAAUUGCAGCCUCAAUCUCAUCUUUAAUCGCCGUCAGAGCUUACCGGAGAAAGUCCCUCAGCCUAUCCGGAGCUCUUACGGGCUUUAUCGUCAUGGCCAUUCACAUCGCUGUUGGAUACAGGUUCGGGGCAUUGAUACUGGUUUUCUUUUUCACUUCCUCUAAGCUCACUAAAGUUGGCGAAGAGAAAAAGCGUCGCGUCGAAGCUGAUUUCAAGGACGGCGGUCAAAGAAAUUGGAUUCAAGUUCUUUCCAAUAGCGGUCUUGCUACGAUAUUGGUACUGAUUAUCUGGAGAGUGACUGCGUGGGAGGACAAGUGCUUGGACUCGAAGUAUUCGAUUUCGGUUACAUCGUUGAUUGGUGGGGUUAUUGGUCACUAUGCGUGCUGCAAUGGAGAUACUUGGUCUUCUGAGCUUGGAGUACUUAGUGAUGCACAACCUCGAUUGAUCACUACCUUCAAGCCUGUUCGCAAGGGUACAAAUGGUGGGGUUACGAAAACUGGACUCCUGGCUGCUGCAGCUGCGGGUGCUGUAAUUGGGCUGACAUUUGUUGUCUUUGGAUUUUUUACUGCGAAAUGCACAUAUAAUGUAGUUACAAAGCAGCUAUUGGUGAUACCUCUUUCGGCUUUAGCUGGACUAACUGGUAGUUUGAUUGAUUCUCUCUUGGGAGCAACACUGCAAUUCAGUGGCUUCUGCACUGUUCGUAAUAAGGUUGUUGGAAAACCGGGACCAACAGUGAAGAAGAUUUCAGGUCUUAAUUUCCUCGACAACAAUGCCGUGAACGCUGUGUCCAUACUGCUGACCAGUGUUCUAACUUCCAUCGCAUGUGUAUACAUUUUUUGAUAACAAGCAACUCAGCAUAAGGUGGUUCAGAAGGUUCUAAAUAAUUUUUCACAACUGAUACCUUGUCCCAGUAGUACUAAAAUGUUUACCUCCUAAUUCCUAAACUUUGAAUUACAGAGAUUAGUUUAAGUCAUAUUGAUACUAUUGCAGUAUUAAAAGAUGAGGAAUGUCAUCCUUGAUUGGUGCAUUUUGAAGGGCGAGGGAUCAUGCAAUUCUCAUUGCCCGUCAAUAACCUAAUAUAUUAUAUCAGUACUAUUUAAUAAGAUUUCAAAUGAUGACAUGAGACAAGGGAUUCAUCUAUAGGAAAAAUUCCCUUCUUUUUUUCUUCUAUUGUUUGUUUACAACCAAUGGUAAGUGAAAAUGUGAUUAGAUGAUACUUCAUCAAUUAUAAUUGUAUCAGGAAUCUUCUAUGGUGAUUACAUAAUACUAUUAUACAGUACUCACGAGGCCUA